CGGGGUGGAGGGUUCGGUGUUCUGCUUAUCUUGCCUGGCGACUCCAGCGUUCCUCCACCCCGGCCCUCGCAGUAGCUGCGAGGAGCUGUAGCCGUGCGUGCAAAGAGAUGGCGUCCCAGCCGCCGCCGCCCCCGAAACCGUGGGAGACCCGCCGAAUUCCGGGGGCUGGCCCCGGCCCGGGCCCUGGCCCCACUUUCCAAUCUGCUGAUUUGGGCCCUACUUUAUUGACAAGACCUGGACAACCAACACUUACCAGAGUGCCCCCACCUAUUCUUCCAAGGCCAUCGCAGCAGACAGGGAACAGCAGUGUCAGCACUUUCAGACCUGCGUACAGUUCAUUUUCUUCUGGCUACGGCACCUAUGGAAAUUCAUUUUAUGGAAGCUAUAGCCCUUAUAGUUAUGGAUAUAAUGGUUUGGGCUUUAACCGCCUCCGAGUUGAUGAUCUUCCACCAAGUAGGUUUGUUCAGCAAGCUGAAGAAAGCAGUCGAGGUGCAUUUCAGUCCAUUGAAAGCAUUGUGCAUGCAUUCGCCUCUGUCAGUAUGAUGAUGGAUGCUACCUUUUCAGCUGUCUAUAACAGCUUCAGGGCUGUGUUGGAUGUAGCAAAUCACUUUUCCCGAUUAAAAAUACACUUUACAAAGGUUUUUUCAGCUUUUGCAUUAGUUAGGACUAUAAGAUAUCUUUACCGACGAUUGCAGUGGAUGAUGGGUUUAAGAAGAGGCUCUGAGAACGAGGACCUAUGGGCAGAAAGUGAAGGAACUGUAGCCUGCCUUGGUGCUGAGGACCAAGCAGCUAACUCAGCAAAAUCUUGGCCAAUAUUCCUCUUUUUUGCUGUUAUCCUUGGUGGGCCUUAUCUCAUCUGGAAACUUCUGUCUACCCACAGUGAUGAAGUAACAGACAAUAUCAACUGGGCAAGUGGUGAGGAUGACCAUGUGGUUGCUAGAGCAGAAUAUGAUUUUGCUGCCGUAUCUGAAGAAGAAAUUUCUUUCCGUGCCGGUGAUAUGCUAAAUUUAGCUCUUAAAGAACAACAACCUAAAGUGCGCGGUUGGCUUCUGGCUAGUCUUGAUGGUCAGACAACAGGACUUAUACCUGCAAAUUAUGUCAAAAUCCUUGGUAAAAGAAGAGGCAGAAAAACGAUAGAAUCAAGUAAAAUUUCCAAGCAACAACAGUCUUUUACCAACCCAACACUAAUUAAAGGAGUUACAGUUGCUGAUUCUUUGGAUGAACAGGAAGCUGCCUUUGAAUCUGUUUUUGUUGAAACUAAUAAGGUUCCUGGUGCACCUGAUUCUGCAGGGAAAAGUGGAGAUAAACAAGAUCUUUGAUCCUUCGUGUUUGAGUGUAGUUGAACAAUACUUUUAAAAAUUAUUUCUGAAAAAUUAAUCUACAAUUCAAUGCAAACAUUUGUUCAUAGCUAUUCCAGGUGUUUUGCUGCUAGAAAUUAUUAAAGUUAUACACUAGCAUGUUCGUCUAGUGGCCUGGUUACAUUUAACAAUUUAUUGGACCAUGAGGACAUUGUUUCACCUCACUUUAAGAUUAUGGAGAUUGCUCUCGUUUUCUUCUUAUUUUAAUCCCUAGGCUUAUUGGAGCAAUAAGUUUGAUGAACAGUAAACUAUAUGAGCUGCCUUAGAAGGGAUCAUUAGUGUUUUUUAAAGUUCUGGGUUAAUUGACUUGAAAUACUCAGAAAUUGAGUGAUAACAUCUACUUACAAAAACAGGCAAAAAGCCUAAAUUUUUAUAACCUUAAGUAAACUAAAUAAUAAAAAUUUUCUGAUCUGCAUUUUUGUCUAGUGUUGGAUUUACUUUAGGUGAUAUGUUCUUACUUACAAAUAGUUGCUACUAUUAUUUUUUAAUUAUAUUUAUAAAAUUUUAUCUUUAGAAGUCACUGGCAUUAUGAAGGAGAUGGUCCUAGAAUGAUAGUUUCUUAAUCUCUUGCAGCGUUAAGUAGUUUUCAUCCUGAGUGAAUCAAUAAAUAGAUAUUCUUUCUUUUCCUCUAA